AUGUCUGGAGGGAUGGAGUGUGAGGGGGAGGUGGAGGUGUACCUCAGGCAGGACUGGAGGAGAGUUCUGCUGGACUCCUGGACUCCCAGCUCCAUCAGGCUGGUUGGUUCUGGGGGAGACUGUGCAGGAAGGCUGGAGGUUUUCCACAGUGGCUCAUGGGGGACAGUGUGUGAUGACUUUUGGGAUAUUGAGGAUGCGCAGGUGGUGUGCAGACAGCUGCAGUGUGGAGUGGCCCUCAGUGCUCUGGUACCAGCCCAGUUUGGACCUGGAACUGGACCCAUAUGGCUGAAUGAGGUGGAGUGUGAGGGGAACGAGACGUCCCUGUGGAACUGCAAAUAUCAUUUGUCUAGAAAGUAUGAAUGUGAACACAAAGAAGACGUAGGGGUCAUGUGUUCAGAAUUUAAAGAGAUCAGACUCACUGAGGGCUGUGAGGGGAAUCUGGAAGUGUUCUACAAUGGAACCUGGGGUAAUGUGUGUGUAAAUGGGAUGGAUGAAGAAACAGUGAGUUUGAUCUGUCAAGAGCUGAACUGUGGAAGAUCUGGUAGUGAGAACCGAGCCAAAGCAAGAGUGGAAUCGGCUCCUAACUGGCUGGAUCAUCUAAAAUGUAGGAAGCAUGACUCCACUCUGUGGCAUUGCCCAUCUUCCCCCUGGAGACAGAACACAUGUGAUAAUAGCAAUGAGGUGGCUCGCAUUACCUGCUCAGAUCACCUGCCUCUCAGGCUGAGGGAAGGAAAUGGAAGCUGCUCUGGGAGGCUGGAGGUGUAUCAUAACGCUGAGUGGGGGUCGGUCUGUGAUGAUCUGUGGGACAUCAAGGAUGCUCAGGUGGUCUGCAGACAGCUGGACUGUGGGCCGGCACUGAGUGCUGAUGGGAGUGCUGUCUUUGGUGCUGUGCUCUCUAAGAGGAAGCGUAAGACUCUGCCUGAGGCAGUCUAUGAGGAGAUUGACAGCAAAUACAUCACUAAAAGAAAUGACUCGACUCAAAAGGCAAAGUCUCUGACUGAAGUAAAGGCAGACUACUAUGAAGAUGUCCCCACCAGUGGUCUGCUAAAGAAGAAGCUGUUUGCAGAGUUUGGAGGUGGUGGAACGGAUGCUGCCAUACAUUCUGUUAGAUGGCAGAAGGGUGAAGAGUCCAUGAGAGGGGUGGGAGGGGUCGUCGACAAUGUUGGUGGCCUUGCGGAUACAGUGCUUGUGGUAAGAGAAGACAUGACAGAUAACUAUGAUGAUGCUGUUACCACUGGACCAGACUCCAUCAUUAUGACAGCAAAGUCUCUGACUGGAGUAAAGGCAGAACAUUACGAUGAUGUCACCACCAGUGGCCUGAUAAGUGAAUCAGCAAAAGAGGACACAGCUGAGAGCUAUGAUGAUGUCAUCACUGCUGGACAGAUCUCUGUUGGUGUAGCAGAGAACGUACCAGAGAAUUAUGAUGAUGUCAUCAGUGCUUAUCAGAGCUCAGCUGUUGAGCUCAGCACUGCUCUAACUGAUGUCUCUGCUGCUGUUGGGGAAGCUGGAUCUACCACCGUUAACACCGCUGCACACCACUUUGCUAUCUUUGUCUCCAUCAUCAUUGGCUCCGCCCCCAAAGCAGCCUGUUCACUCUGGCUCUCACAGUGUCUGCAGUGUACUGAGCCUGUUAAGGUUGCAAUAUCUCGAGUCACAAUUGUGACAGCAUCUGGGUUAGUCUUUUGA